AUGGCUGAGUCUGAGCGCCGCCCCCGUGUUUUCUUCGACAUUCAGAUUGGUAACCAAAAGGCCGGUCGCAUUGCCCUGGAACUGUUUAACGAUGUUGUUCCCAAAACGGCAGAGAACUUCCGUGCUCUCUGCACCGGCGAGAAAGGCGAGGGAAAGCAGGGCAAGCCAUUGAGCUUCAAGGGUACAGUGAUCUGCCCCGCUUUUGAUCCUGGACGAUGCACACGCAGUCUGCUUACGCACUUUCAAUGCGAUUUAGGUUCCAUAUUCCACCGGGUAAUCAAGCAAUUCAUGAUUCAGGGUGGUGAUUUCACUGCGUUCAACGGAACUGGCGGAGAAUCCAUCUAUGGCGAGAAAUUCCCGGACGAGAAUUUUGAUCUCAAGCAUGAUCGGCCUUUCCUCCUCUCUAUGGCCAACUCUGGCCCUGGCACCAACGGCAGCCAGUUCUUCAUCACCACUGUUCCUACACCUCACCUGGAUGGCAAGCACGUAGUGUUCGGUGAAGUGAUCAAUGGAAAGAGUGUGGUUCGCAAGAUCGAGAACCUGCCCACCCAGGCGGAUAAGCCCACCGCGGACGUCACUGUCGUGGACUGUGGCGAAUUGACCGGUCAGGAGUAUGACAAUGCCGACAAGCAGGUCCCUGAUGUCACCGGGGAUCCCUAUGAGGACUUCCCCGAUGACCACCAGGGCGAGGAAUUGAAUGCUCCCGUGUGCUUCAAGAUUGCGUCGGAGCUCAAGAACUUCGGAAAUACUGCCUUUAAGAGCGGUAAUCUUGCGGUGGGUCUUGAGAAGUACCAGAAAGGCCUGCGCUAUUUGAACGAGUUCCCCGGCCCGGAUGAAAAUGACCCCAAGGAACUGGAGGGUCAAAUGAAGGCUCUGCGCUUCACCCUUCAUUCCAACUCAUCCCUGCUCGCAAACAAGCUGGGGCAGUACAAGAACGGUCAAUCCUGGGCUACGUAUGCGCUGGAGGUGGCCGAUGCUGCCAGCGCCAAGGAUGCUGAUAGGGCUAAGGCCCACUACCGUCGUGCUGUCGCUAGCAGUGGUCUGAAGGAGGAGGACGAGGCCCUGAAGGACCUCCAGGAGGCCUCCAAAUUGGCCCCUGAUGACGCUGGUAUCAGCAACGAAAUUGCUCGGGUUAAGAAAGCCGUCAAGGAUCGGGAGGCAAAGGAGCGCGCGACUGCCCAAAAGUUCUUCUCGUAG